AUGAAAUAUCCUAUCCCUAUUGCAGUACCACAGAGCAAGAUCAGUCGUACUUCCAGAAGGGCACACAUGGAGGCGUCGCAACAUUCCCGAUUUCAUAAUGAAAUAUCCUAUCUCUAUUACAAUACCACAGAGCAAGAUCAGUCGUACUUCCCAGAAGACCACACAUGGAGGCCUCCCAACAGAGCCGUCGCCACUGCAGUAUUAUCCUCUCGUUGCUGCAUGGCCUGCGUUCUGGUCUUCUCUUUCUAUAUUCAGCACUACUUCAGCAUCCAUCAUUGCUCUAAUUACUUCGAUGUGUCCUCUAUGGAUUUCAUAAUGAAAUAUCCUAUCCCUAUUGCAGUACCACAGAGCAAGAUCAGUCGUACUUCCCAGAAGGGCACACAUGGAGGCGUCGCAACAUUCCCGGUGCCACAACAAUAUUAUCCUCUCGUUGCUGCAUGGUAUAGACCUAUGUUAUGGUCCUCUCCUUUCGUAUCGACCUCCACCUUGGCAUCCAGCAUCGCUUUAAUUGAAAGCAAUGUGUAA